AUGAUGGAGUCCAUUUGUGAUAACUGCAUGGUGAUGGAGUUCUGUUGUAAUGACUGCAUGGUGAUGGAGUCCUGUUAUGUUUAUUGUAUGGUGAUGGAGUCCUGUUGUGAUAACUGCAUGGUUAUGAAGUCAUGUUGUGAUGACUACAUGGUGAUGGAGUCCUACUGUGAUGACUGCAUAUUGAUGUAUUUCUAUUGUGAUGACUGCAUGGUGAUGGAGUCCUAUUGUGAUAACUGCAUGGUAAUGGAGUCCUAUUUUGAUUACUACAUGGUGAUGGAGUCCUAUUGUGAUGACUGCAUGGUGAUGAAGCCCUGUUGUGAUGACGGCAUGGUGAUGAAGCCCUGUUGUGAUGACUGCAUGGUGAUGAAGCCCUUUUGUGAUGACGGCAUGGUGAUGAAGCCCUUUUCUGAUGACUGCAUGGACUACGUGGUGAUGGAGUCCUGUUGUGAUGACUUCAUGGUGGUGGAAUCCUAUUGUGAUGUCUGCUUGGUGAUGGAGUCCAAUUGUGAUUACUGCUUGGUGAUGGAGUCCUAUUGUGAUGAGGCCAUGGUGAUGCAGUCCUUUUAUAAGGACUGUGUGGUGAUAUAG